AUGCCGCUGCGCGCACCGCCUGCCGUGCCGCGUCUUCGCUCUCCGGCCUCCGUGAAACCCCGUCGUUUCCACGCUGCCACCCACCACCACCACCACCACCAAGAUCCCGUCCCAGUCCCUGCCUACACAUACGCGACCCUCCUCCAGUGCAGCGCCGCCACUGCCGAUCCCCUCCUCGCCGCCUCCCUCCAUGCGGCGCUUCUCAAGCCGGGCCUCCUCUCCUCCGACCUCUUCCUGUCCAACCACCUCCUCAUCGCCUACUUCAAGUCUCGCCUCCAUCGCCACGGCCUCCGCCUGCUCGACGAAAUGCCCCGGCGCAACGCUGUCUCAUGGUCCGUCGCCAUUGCGGGGCUCACGCAGGGGGACCAGCCCCGCGAAGCGCUUGCUCUGUUCCGGCGGAUGCGUGUUGCCGGGUGCCCACCCAACGAGUUCGCGCUGGUGAGCGCGCUCAACGCGAGCUCGUUCGUAGGUGCCACGGGCACUGGCCGCGCGCGGCAGCUGUACGCUCUCGCCGUGCGCCUUGGCUUUGAGUCCAAUGUCUUCCUGAUGAACGCGUUCCUCGCUGCGAUGGUCCGUCACGGGCAGCUCGCGGACGCGAUGCAGUUGUUCGAUGACGCUUGUGUCCGGGACAUCGUCUCGUGGAACACGCUGCUUGCAGGGUUCGCGCGCCAUUGGUGCGUGCAGGGAUGGAUUCUAUGGCGAAGGAUGGUUAGGGAAGCUGUUGGUGCCGACGGGUUCUCGUUCAGCACCGUGCUUUCUGGAUUGGCGGCAAGGGCGAGCUUGGCAAGCGGCUUGCAAGUUCAUGCGCAGCUUGUCAAGAGUGGCUUUGGGGAUGAUGUAUAUGUGGGGAACUCUUUGGUGGAGAUGUACAUGAAGAGCAAGUGCCUAGUUGAUGGCAUCAGAGCCUUCACCGAGAUUCGCUGCAAAGAUGUUGUGUCAUGGACAGAGAUGGCCGCUGGCUGCCUACAUUGUGGUGAACCUGCUAAGGCAAUUGGCAUUUUCAGUCACAUGAUGCUGGAUGGAGUUAUGCCUAACAGUUACACAUUUGCAACGGCAGCUAAUGCUUGCGCAAGCCUCAUUGAUCUGGAUGAAGGAAGGAAAGUUCAUGGAUAUGUCAUCAAGCUGGGAGAUGAAUCAGAUGUUGGCGUCAACAAUGCCCUCAUUGACAUGUAUGCAAAGUGCGGGUCAGUGAGCUGUGCUUACAAGGUGUUCCAGUCGAUGCAGCAGCGGCCGGUUAUCUCCUGGACAGCGAUGAUCAUGGGUUUUGCACAGAACGGGCUAGCUCGGGAGGCUGUGGAGGUGUUCGACGACAUGCUGUUGAAAGGCGUGGCACCCAACUAUGUCACAUUAAUCUGCGUUCUCUACGCUUGCAGCCAAGGUGGGUUUGUGGAUGAAGGUUGGAUAUACUUCAACGCCAUGGAGGGUAAGUUUGGAGUUCAGCCUGGCGAGGACCACUACGCCUGCAUGGUCGAUCUGCUUGGAAAAGCAGGCCAUAUCGAGGAGGCUGAAGAGCUGAUAUCAAGAAUGCCAUUCCGGCCUGGGGUCCUUGUCUGGCAGGCAUUGCUUGGUGCCUGCCGUCUUCAUGGCAACGAAACUGUAGGCAGGAGAGCUGCAGAGCAUGCACUUGCGCUCGAAAACGAUGAUCCAUCGACAUACACGUUGCUGUCCAACAUUCUUGCCGGCCGUCAAAAUUGGGACAGUGCAGGAAGGGUGAGAGGAUUCAUGGGAGACACAGAAAUCACAAAGCUACCUGGAUCUUCAUGGUUUCAGUCCCCGCUUGACAGAAACUAA